AUCUCUGCCUUCCAGGCCUUCACCAUUUGCCUUAGCAGCUUCGAUACCAAGAUAGCUUGUGAAUGAACUCCACCCCACCCGCAGGCGCAGGGUUAUUUAGUUGUUGUAUCAUCAUGUUGAAAGAGAGAGAAAGAUGGGUUUGCUUUGGCCCUCUCAUUGUCUAAGAAGUGUGUGUGUACUGUACAUAUAGUUUCAAAAGUCUUGGCAAAGUCCAUACAAGGAGAGGGGGAGAGAGAGAGAGAGAGAGAGAGAGAAAUGGAUAGGAGGAAACUGUAUGUACUUACCAUUUUCGUGACUCUCUCUGUUAGAUGCGGGUGCGUUGCUAAUUACACCAGGGACGAUUUCCCUCAUGACUUCACUUUUGGAUCUGGAACUUCUGCUUAUCAGUGGGAAGGAGCUUAUGAUGAAGACGGGAAAAAGCCUAGCGUCUGGGACACUUACGUUCACUCUCGUAACAUGGAGAAUGGAGACAAAGCUUGUGAUGGGUAUCACAAGUACAAGGAAGAUGUGCAGCUGAUGGUUGAAACUGGCUUAGAGGCAUUCAGAUUCUCCAUCUCUUGGUCUAGGCUUAUACCCAAUGGAAGAGGUUCUGUUAACCCAAAGGGUUUACAGUUCUACAAGAAUUUCAUCCUUGAACUUGUAUCCCAUGGAAUUGAACCACAUGUUACACUGUACCAUUACGAUCAUCCUCAGCAACUCGAGGAUGAAUAUGGAGGAUGGCUCAACCGCAGAAUUAUAAAAGACUUUACAGCUUAUGCAGAUGUUUGCUUCAGAGAGUUUGGGAAACACGUAAAAUUCUGGACCACAAUAAACGAGGCUAAUAUAUUCACUGUAGGAGGUUACGACGGUGGGAAUACACCGCCUGGUCGUUGUUCUACCUGCUUGUCAGGCAACUCAUCGACUGAACCAUAUAUCGUAGCCCAUAACUUGCUUCUUGCCCACGCCUCUGCUUCAAGGCUAUACAAACAAAAGUACAAGAAUACACAAGGAGGUUCUGUAGGCUUUAGCAUAUUUGCAAUAGGAUUUAGACCUAGUAUAAACUCCAAGGAUGAUGAAAUGGCAAUCCAAAGAUUCAAAGAUUUCUUCUUCGGGUGGAUGCUGGGGCCUCUUACAUAUGGAGACUAUCCAGAGGGGAUGAAAAGAAUAGUAGGAACAAGACUGCCAGUUUUCACAAAGGAAGAAUCAGAAAAAGUCAAAGGCUCCUCUGACUUUGUAGGAGUCAUUCACUAUCUUGCUGCUUCUAUCUCAAACGCCCAAUCCCAACCUUCUCUUCCAGGGGACUCUGCUUUUUUUACAGACAUAGGCGCGUCUUUGACAUACUCUGGUAACUUCUCAGCUUUCGAGUAUGAAGUUGCUCCAUGGGCUAUGGAAGUGGUCCUGGAGUAUAUAAAGCAGAGCUAUGGCAAUCCUCCUGUCUACAUUCUUGAGAAUGGUAAACCGAUGAAGCAAGAUUUGCAGCUACAAAAGAAGGACACGCCAAGGAUUGAGUUUUUAGAUGCGUAUAUUGGCGCUGUGCUCAAAGCCGUUAGGAAUGGAUCAGACACGAGAGGUUACUUCGUGUGGUCGUUUAUGGAUUUGUAUGAGUUGCUAAGCGGAUACAAGUUUAGUUUUGGAUUGUACUCUGUGAAUUUCAGCGAUCCUCAUCGCAACAGAUCUCCCAAACUCUCUGCUCAUUGGUACUCUGCUUUCCUCAAGGGCAACACCACCUUUCUUGGCUCCCAAGGCAUCACGCGAUCGCAGAGCAACUUGUCUUCCUCCUAGUAGCUUUUUUUUUUUUUUUUUUAAGAAGUUAUGUUUCUGAUGAAUCCAGUUCAGUUUAAAACCCGAUUAUAAUCGAAUAAAUAUGCAUAAUUUAAAGAGCUAGCGAGUUUAUUUA